AUGUCUUAUUUACCUGUUGAAGUUGUCAAUCGAGCAUUGUAUUAUCUUGACAAAGACACGAAAUCACUAUUAUCGUGUUUAUUGGUGAAUAGACAUUGGAGUGAGUGUGUUGUAACAAUAUUAUGGAGUUGUCCGUUUAAAUACUUGAGACAACCCCCUUUGUCAGCCUCGCUAAUACAAACUUAUUUAAACUGUUUGGAUCCCUGUGAAAGGGCAAUUCUUGUAUACUCUCAAAUGAUAAAAUGUGAUAAUGUUGAUAACAAUAAUUUCACUAGACUUAUCACCACCAGCAGCACCACCCCUGCCAUCACUGGAAGGACAUUUUAUAAUUAUACAAUAUUUUUAAAAGAAAUAAUAUUUUCCAAUAUUUAUCUUUCAUGCGUGGCUUGGUUAAGCAGUAGAUAUGUAGCUAAUAUAAAUAAUGCGAAUAUAUCGAUAUCUACUAAAUAUAAAGGGCUAUUGAUUACUAGAGAAUUGUGUAAAGCAUUCAUUAAAAAUUCCACACAUAUCAAUAAAUUACACAUUAACACAGAAAGUCAUGAAUUCACGGUCAGUAGUGAUGAUUAUUUUGAUAUCCCGUGUUUCCAUGGAGCAAAUAAGAGUUUAGCAUAUUUACAAGAGUUCAAAUGUUGUGGACAUUAUGACAAGACAAAGAUAUUUAGAAUAAUGUCAGAAUCAUGCAAAAAUAUCCAAACGUUAGAUGUUGAUUAUUUUUUAGACAAUAGAAAAUCAGCAGCGGCAGAUGAACUUGCUUUAUUGAUUAGGAAUCAGAAAUCGUUGAAAAGUUUUACAUUAGCGACAUUUCAUAAAUUUUUGUUAAAGAUUGUAUCAGCAUUGUCAAGCCAAUCAAAAUAUCUUUCACACGUGGAAUUCAAAGGAAUAAGAUUUGAGAAAGGGAUGACGUUUGACUCGCUUGUAGCAUGUAAAAAUUUGGAAGUUUUGAAAUUUAAUUUAUGUGAUUAUGUAACAAAUCAUUCAAUCGAUUCGCUAUCAAAAACAAAAUUUCCAAAAUUGCACACACUAGUAUUUAAUGUUCUUCACACUCUGCCGAGUUUAUUGAAAGACCUGAUUAGGAAUAAUCACGAUAGCAUAAAACACUUGUCAUUGGAUUGGUCACUGAUAUCUAUUGAGGAUGGUUAUUAUGAUUAUGAAGAAGAAUCGAAAAUUAUUGAAGUCAUUGCAAAAUAUUGUUCAAAUAUUCAAGUAUUAUGUGCACAUUUGAACACGUCACAAACGGUGGCAAUAUUUGCGCAUUGUAAACAGCUUGAAAAUAUCACGAUCCUUGGACGAGAACCAAUAGUGGCGGAUGAUCUUCUACCAGACCUUGGAUUUUGGAUGCCAACAAAAUUAAAAACAUUAAAUAUUCAAGCUAUUUGGUCCUUCUCGCCGACCUCAUUACAACAAUUUCUUGAAAUUUUGGGGUUGAGCGAGUGUUACUGUUUGAAUGAUUGGCAUCUGAAAAUAUUAAUGAUCCAUUCCACAAAAUCAUCGUUGAAAAAAUUAAAGUUGGCAAGAUUAAAUAAAAUCACAAAAGAAGCAUUGGAUUUAGCAACAAAUUUUGUUGAACUUGUUAAUUAA